AAUGCAACAAUGCAAGGCAAUUACAUGCUGCAGAUUGCUAACACGUGGGUAGACCAGGGGAGGGGGAGAAAAAGAAUCUUGGCGCGCCUUGCUUCUAUUGGCUGCUCUGAGCCGUCCCUCCUCUUUUGAUUGGCUGAAGCCUCCCGCGUAGGCCACGCCUAUCCGAAUGUUUAAACCCCAAGUGGGUUUUCCUCCCCUGCCAGCCAGGGAGGGAGUCUCUUUUCCGAUUGGGCAAGAGCUUUCCUUUGAUGCUUGUAGCGCGACUUCCUAUUGGCUCUUGGAGGCGCGGGGAUAGAAUCUUCGUACAGAGCAGAGGCGUUCCAAGGCGCCACGUGGAGCAGUUUUGGCGGGAAAGGGGCGCUGCAGUGGGUUUUAUAAAAGGCGGUGGCUGGGAAGGGCUGCUUCCUUUUUCUUCCCCCCAAAGGCCAUGCUUUUGGCUCAGGCUGCUCUCGGCUUCCAGGGUCCUGGAGGAGCCCCACUGGCCUCAGAUGCCCCUGACGCUGAUGGAGAGGAAGCUUGCAACUUAUUGGGGAAGGCGACUUUGGAGACACGCUACCGUCUGGGAGCAUUGAUUGGAAGCGGGGGCUUCGGCACCGUCUACGCUGGAACGCGGCUCAGCGAUUCUCUCCCGGUGGCCAUUAAAUAUGUUGCCAAAGAGCGAGUCUUGCAGUUCCAGCACAUGAACGGCAGCCUUGUUCCAUUGGAAGUUGUUCUGAUGAAAAAAGUGUCCUCCCCGGGUUGCAGAGGCAUUAUCCGUCUCCUGGAUUGGUUUGAACAGCCUGACUCAUACUUCAUUGUGAUGGAGCGCCCCCUGGUGUCUCAGGAUUUGUUUGAUGUCAUCACGGACAGGGGCCCGCUCCCGGAGAAUUUGGCCGCCAGCUAUUUCCGGCAGGUGGUGGAGGCAGUGCGCCAUUGUCACCUAUGUGGUGUACUGCAUCGGGACAUAAAGGAUGAGAACAUCCUGGUGGAUCUUCUACAUGGUGACCUGAAGCUUAUAGACUUUGGCUCAGGGGCAUUGCUUCGGGAUUCCCCGUACACGGAUUUUGAUGGCACAAGGGUAUAUAGCCCCCCUGAGUGGAUAAAGUAUCAUCGGUACCAUGGCCUGCCUGCAACUGUGUGGUCACUAGGUGUCCUGCUAUAUGACAUGGUGUGUGGGGACAUCCCUUUUGAACGUGAUGAAGAGAUUCUCCUUGGAAAACUCCACUAUCACUGCAGGCUAUCCUCAGACUGCCGUCACUUGAUUGAGUGGUGCCUCUCCCUCACCCCGGAGAAACGACCUUCUUUGGAGCAGAUUCUGGGGCACCCCUGGCUCCUCACCUACCUGGAGCAGAGCGGACGCAAAGUGCCACAGCAGCCCACAGGGCCUAAAGCUGGCACUAGCCUGUGACUAUGGUGGCCUUUGGCCAUCACUGGGGAAGGAGGCCUUCAUGGAGUGGAUGGGAACAUCUUGGCUUCUCCUGCGACAACCAACUAAUGCGAUCACUGCCUCUUAUUCCUGCUGAUGAACUGAGCGGCUGUCCCUGGUGCACAGGCCUUAUUACCAGGGGCACCUUGUCCAACCCACGUGACCGUUGACAACCUCAUUAGACAAUGGGGCUAGUAUUCCAGUCCCUAGCCAAGACAGUAGAGACCAAUGGGCACCCUUCUGUUUACACAAGGACUUUUGCUUGCCCUCCUUGCCUUUCUGCUUUGGCAAGGGGCAGAAGUUAAGCACAAAGCAAGCAGCAUUUUGAGGCUCCCAGUGCUGGCUUCCUCCUGUACACCUUGAUCAGUAUUGGAGCCCCCUCAGGACACCUCUUGGAGACAGGAGGAUUGGAUUUAUGUUUUAAUGCAGUAUGGAUAUGGCACUGUCUCUGCAUGUGCCAGGUUGUUAUUUAUUUAGGGGGACAAACCUGUUGGCCUUUGCUGCUUCCUGUUGUGUUAAUGCAAAGUAUAUACCUGCCAUAAGUUUUUGAGUGUUAGAAAUGUUUUCUUCAGUCCAGCCAGAAAGUGGAUACUUUAAUGCAGAGACGCUUCAGCCUAUCAGAUGUUGAUGAACUCCUACUUCUGUCAUGGCCUUAACUUCAGCUUGUCCGACGGGAAUGAAAGUUCAGCCACAUCUACAGAGCCACAAGUUCCUCAGCCCUGUAGUAAUGUUGUACUGUUAACAAUUCUCCUCCUUGCCUCGCGUUUCCAUUCCUGUUUAGCCAUUCCAAGUCUAUAUCUAGUGCUUAUCCUAGUGGGGUUUUUCAUUCUCUCCUUUGUGCCCUUGGGGUAGAGGAAAGUGAAAAAACAAAACAAAAUGAAGAGCAUCUAACCCCAUUAAAAAGUGCACCCAAAGCCAAAAAAGAAGUGCAAGUUAUUUUAAAAUUGAACUUUGGGGGUAAGGUAGGGGUAGAAUAUCCCUGGCUUCAGGCCUCUUCUGUCAAAUAUAGAUUUCAGUUUUAUAUGUAAGUUCUGGCUCAUGUUGGAGUAGGUCAAAGGGAGAUUCUGGGAAACAUUUGACCAACCAGAUACUUAAGUUCCAGAGACAUCCACUAGUAUAGCCACUGCCCAGUAGCUAAGCAUGAGGAGUUGCAAAGAUUUUCCCUCUUUGCCUUCGUCCAUCUGAAGUAACUAGGCCAGAGUAUUCUUGUCUUUUAAUGGGAUGUUCUUACUUGGCAAGGAGUGAGGCCAGGGGCUUUUUCAGUUACAUGAAUUGACGCUAGAAAAGGAUUCAGAUUCUGUACUUAGAAUUUCUGGGGCUUUCUUUUAGCUUUCCAAGCAUGAGUAUGGAGAGGACAGCUAUACCCUGAGUCAAGUCUCCUAUCAAUGUGGAUCUUCUACCUCGCUGCCAGCUAUGGGGGAAGAAUUGGCUUCAUGGGAAGCUAGUUCUGUCCUGGAUAUAUGCUGUUCUUGAAUCACCUAUGCAGAGGUCUGGUUUGCAAACUUUGGUGAGUUAUGGUAGCGAGCCAGAAUAUGUACUUGCUAGGAGCCUGCCCAGCUUGGAUUGGGAGAGCCUUCCUUUGAUAUCAAACUCUGUUGGAAAGCUAGAGUGACUAGGAGGGGGGAUUACCUGUUCUCUUUCACAACUCAUCCUUAUUGGGCUGGGGGUGAAAGAAUGAGAAGUCGGACUAUUUAUGUCUUCAAGGCUCAGCUUGGCAUCCACAAGAAUCCUUCACUUUUUUGGGAUUUGGCUUUCCUUGAUGUUGCCCUUGCCAGGUCUCAACUGGGAGGUGAGGUAACAAGUACAUUUGUGCUUGCAGAACUUGUUUUGACUGUGGCUCCCAGAAUCCUCUUCGGUGUGGCCAGUGGGAGAGUGGGUGUUGUAGUCAAACAAAAAAAUUCUCCAAGCCCUGCUUUAUGCUUCCACCAUGUUUGAGACUGGUGCAUUCAAGCAAUCUUAAAAUUCCUGUUUUUGUUAGCUUUCUGGCACUAACUGUCUCUAAGAGAUAAACAGAAUUCUAGCCAAGAGAAACUGGAGCAUAAAAGGGGGGGAGGGGGGGUUUGAAGGAGGAUACAAAACUAAAAUCCAACCUAUGGAAGUGGCAGCAUCAUGUUCUGAGCCUUCCACCUCUGGCAACAUAACUGAGGAGUACUGCUAUGCCAGUUCUGGUUUGGUCUUGUAUUUGUGGAUAUUUGUGUGUUUAUGUUUAAUAUUGUGUCCCAUGCACAUUAGUGCAACCACAUAACACAGUGCCUCGCCCGUUUGGGCUCCAGCAUCUACAAAACCCUUUCUGGGAUUUAAAUAAACUUUUAUAAGAAAAA